GUUCGACUAACUAGCGCGACCAACUGGGACGAGGUUCUCUGGACGACACGUCGAGGCGAUGGUUGAUACUAGUAUGCAGAACAUGGCGGCAGUCAUGGCGACGGAUAUCGACAAGCGAUGAACGAGUGGUGACGCUUCUCAUGCGCCCCCGGUCGCGUUGUUGAAGUUUCUUUGGCAUCUCAGUGCAGCUGGUCGAUCGAAUCUGACCAUAACUCUGGCAGUGCUUCUCGGUGCAGUUUGCAGUUUUCGAAUCUGGCGCGAUGAGCUCGACCAACUUGGGCCUUGGCAUUGGCAUGUGCCUCGUCGGGACCACCGUCUCCAACCUCGGGCUAAACAUUCAAAAAUAUUCGUUUUUGCACCAGGAGCGCCUUCCCGAGACGCAGCGGCGACCGUACAACACGCAGUGGCGCUGGUGGCUCGGCUUUGCGUGCGUCGGGCUCGGGUCCAUCGCUGACUUUGCCGCGCUAACGUUUGCAGCGCAGAGCGUGAUCACGCCCAUUGGAGCCUUUACGCUCGUGGCCAACCUCGGCUUUGCGCACUACUGGCUCAAGGAGCCGCUCGGCAGCACCGAUCUCGCCGGGACAGGGCUCAUCGUACUCGGUGCGACGGCGGUCACCAUUUUUGGGUCGCACGAGAGCCCCAAAUAUUCGCUCGAUGAGCUUAUUGCGCUCUCCACGCGCGGAAGCAUGGUCGUGUACGCCAUUGCGAUCCUCGGCCUCGUCGCCUUUUUCCACGUGGUGCGAAUGCGCAGCGAGCAAGUGCUGCGCAAGUGCGGGAAGGCGUCGCCCGAGUAUCGCGCGCUCGAGAAGCUCCACCCGCUCUCGUACGCUGGCUUUGCAGGCAUUGUCGGCGCGCAGUCGGUCAUGUUUGCGAAAAGCUCGGGCGAGCUCAUUCAGCUCUCGCUCCAAGGCCGCAACCAGUUCAAUCGCGUCCUCACGUAUGUGAUCCUCGCGGGCUUGGUCCUUACGAUUAGCGUUCAGGUACGUUGCUCGUACGUGCUGUCUUCUGCGCUGAGAUUCUUGUAGACGCACAUGUUGGCACUGGGGCUCAAGAACUUUGACGCGCUCUACAUGGUGCCCGUCUUCACCUGCUUUUUCAUUUCGUUCUCGGUCCUCGGUGGCGCCGUGUACUUUAACGAAUUCCAAGCCUUUACACUCUACCAGUGGAUCUGCUUCCCGCUCGGCGUCGCCAUCACCGUCGUCGGCGUCAUUCUCCUCUCGCGACGUGAGAUGCGACUGAGCGAGACGACACUGGAUGGCAUGGCGUCGCCGGGCACCGAGAGCCAAGAGUUUGCACUCGCCACGACACCGAGAGCUUACGUCGCCAUCGCGGUGCCACCUUGCUCUGUCCCUCUCUCGACAGGCUCUCCGUACUAGGAGCAGUUGAAACGCGUGUCGACGCCUAGAUACUCGUCAACAGAUCGCGAUCUUGACUUGAGUCGCC